AUGAAAGAUGGUCAAACUUAUACAAUAGAUCAAGAUUCAAAAAUAUGUCAUAAAUCAAUAAUAUCACAAAAACCAUUUUAUUGUAUACCCGAAACAGUAGUAUAUCAAUACUCGUCUAUGUAUGGAUACGGUGAUAAACAAAUUAUUGGUGACACAUGGCUUAUAAUAGAAGACGAAGCGAUGAGAUAUUUUACCGUUAGUGGUGAUGGUCUAUGCAUCCCAUUGAACGGAAACAGUUACUCUCAAAAUCCUACUACAGUUAAUUCAACGACAAUAUCAAAUUUCGUACCGAUAAUUCUUGAUCCAAGUGCAUUCGACAUACCGGAACAAUGCAAAAAUGCUGUUUAG